AUGGUGGUUGCCCUGAAUCGUUUCAUUCGACGUUCGGGCGAUCUUUGCUGUCCGUUUUUUCGAGCAAUCACUACUAGCCGACGCAGAUUUGUAUGGACCGAAGAGUGUGAGCAGGCUUUGCAAUCCUUAAAGCAAUACCUGUCCCAUGCUCCGUUGCUCGUCAAACCUCUUCCCGACGAAGAUUUAUAUCUUUACCUUGCUGUUUCGGAUCAUGCUACCAGCGCAGUGCUUGUUCGGAGAGAGGGGAUGGAGCAUCAACCAAUUUUCUUCUUAAGCAAAACGAUGACGGACUCUCAGACGAGGUACCUGCCCAUGGCAUUGGCCCUCUUUGAACCUCGGACCGCCAUCAAAGGUCAGGCCUUGGCCGACUUCUUUGCCGAACUCACUCCUGGACUGCAAGACGAAGCCAAUGCCUUGGCCACCGCUGCGGAAGAAGCUCGAGUUCGAGACGAGGAAGUUUUAGAAGAACCAUGUAGCCGUCCAGCGGAGCCACUCUACGCUCGGUACACUCUCGGACAAAAAAAACCAAAGCGGCAAUGGAGGCUUUUCUUUGGCGACGCCUGGCGAAUGACCGUCGAUGGAGCCUCCAAUGUUCACAGAGCUGGGGCGGGUAUCGUCCUUGUAUCUCCGAGCGGGACUGUGCAUGAAAGCGUGGUUUCGAUUGGGUACCCGGCGAUGAACAACGAAGCGGAAUAUGAAGCUUUAAUUGCAGGCCUCCAACUUGCUCUUCGGCUUGAUGCAGAUUCGGUUCAUAUCUUUUGUGACUCUCAGCUUAUUGUGGGUCACUUAAACGAUGAUUAUCAAGCCAAAGACCAGCGUAUGAAUGCUUACGUUAGUCAUGUGUUGGCCUUGUUCCGAAGAUUUGGCCGAGUGGAAGUAGAAUGGAUCGCUCGGGAGCACAAUGCGCAUGCUGACGCCCUGGCAGGUCUUGCUUUGGUUUACAGGACCUCGGGCAGUCGCACUAUUACCUUUGACGAAGUCGCAACACCGAGCUUCGAGCAGGCGUGCCAACCAAUAAUGGCAAUUUCCCUCGGUCCAAGUCAACUAGAUCCGGCAACUGAUUAUUUGAAGAACCAGGUGUUACCACCGAACAGACGCGAAGCACACAAACUCCGUUGCCGAGCAGCCAAUUAUUUCCUGGAUCCAAACGACAACCUUUACCGACAGACUUUCACUGGACCAGAUUUGCGUGUCGUCCAUGAAGAUCACGUGACGACCGUUCUGGAAGAACUCCACUCGGGAAGCUGUGGAGCGCAUUCAGGAGGACGGUCCCUUACACAGCGUGCGCUGACGCAGGGCUAUUGGUGGCCGAAGAUGGUUGAACAGUCGGAAGAAUACGUGAAGCGAUGUGUUCGGUGCCAGCAGCAAGCAUCUCUCAUCCACCAACCUGCCUUCCCCUUUAAAAUGAUCACUAGUCCGUGGCCAUUCGCAGUUUGGGCUUUUGACAUAGUUGGCAAGAUACCGAAGGCGCCUGGCAGAUUUGAGUAUAUGCUCACAGCCACAGAUUUGUUCACUAAGUGGGUUGAAGCUUACCCCUUGGUCAAGACCACUGCAGGCGACGUGGAACGUUUUGUUUGGAAGCACAUCAUCUCGCGGUUCGGCGUACCUUACGCCAUCCUUUCUGACAAUGGCUCCCAAUUUGUCGCAUCUGCCAUCAAAGCUUUUUAUGCAAAGCGUCACAUCACGAUCCAUAAUUCCUCCGUGGCUUAUCCUCAAGGCAAUGGACAGGCCGAAGCAUCUAACAAGACAAUCACUCGGGGGCUGAAGCGCCAUCUGGACCGGAAACUCGGUAAAUGGGUGGAAGAGCUUCCACACGUUUUAUGGGCCUACCGUAUUACCCCUCGGCGGUCUACCGAUCGUACUCCAUUUGCUAUGUCCUACGGUAUGGAAGCUGUCCUCCCCUUGUCUACUAUGAUCCCUACAGCCCGAACAGAAAAUUUUAACCAUGUGGAUAAUAAUGCUCUUGUGGGGGUCGAGUUAGACUUUGCCGAGGAACUACGUGAUAAUGCCAACCUUCGGCAUGCGGCGUAUCAGCAAGAAGUAGCCAAGGGUUACAACCGAAAUGUUUGCGCUUGUCCGUUCAACGUUGGGGACUUAGUGCUUCGGAUGGUCACCGAAGCAUCCAAGCUGAAGGAUCCCUAUGAAGGACCCUACCGAGUGGCGGAGAAGAUUGGCCAUGGCGUCUACAAACUUGCUGAGAUGGAUGGGACGUCGAUUGCUAAUCCAUGGAAUGCUCAAAAACUUAGGAAAUUCCAUGGCUAG